UUCUACGGAUACUGUCGGAGCAUUCACAUGUCAACCAAACCUGCUGGAAACAUGUUUUGGGGCUGCAUAACCAUCUGCGUUCUGGCUCUCGCACUCCAAGUCUACUCGAGUCAGCCAUGUGACACCUCAUCCUCCUCUUGCUCUUCUUCUUCCUCCUCCUCCUCCUCCUCGUGUGUCCCUGGAAUACACAUUGUCCGCGACUCUCCCCCGAAUGAAACGUUACCCGCGUGUGUCACCAAGCUCUUGGUCCAGGGUGAGGUCCGCACCCUCUGGAGUGGCACGUUUGCCGGGAGUCUGCUUCUGGAGAGGGUGGAGUUCAUUGGAACCUCCACAGCCACCGCAGAGGUCGACGCCUUCCAGAGUUCGCCAAAUCUCAAAAUCUUGGAAAUUUCCGGCACCCAGAUAGAGUCUCUUCCCGAGGGAAUAUUUGGGAAUCUUGCCGAACUUGUAUUGCUAUACCUGACAGACAACAAACUUCAGUCUGUGGGUGCGGAGUUGUUUCGUGGCCUAGGGAGGCUGAGGGAGCUACGUCUGGAACGCAACAGAAUCACGUCCGUAUCGCCAGGGGCGCUAAAGGACCUGGGGCAGCUGCAAGAUCUGGACCUGUCCCAGAAUGCACUGAAAGACUUCCCACCUGACCUCUUCGCAGAACUAAGCGGCCUGCAGCGACUCCGAGCAUCAGGUAACCAGCUGGCCUCCAUCCCACAGGACAUCUGGUCAGGGCGGCUCACCAACCUACAGCUGAUUGACAUGCAGUGUAACCGCAUAACAGACUUGGACACUCCUGCGUCGCCUCACCUGAAGCUCCAGCAGCUGUUUCUGGGCUACAAUCAGCUGAGAGAACUACCCGGAGACCUGUCCACUCACUUUCCCACUCUGGCAAAACUGGGUUUACACAGAAAUAUCAUCUCCACUUUGCCUGACGGUCUAUUUGGAAAACUUACUGAGCUCGAGUGGUUGGACAUUUCCGAAAAUCAGAUCGCAAGUCUGACACAGGGUAGUUUUGAGGGUCUCGGGAAGUUGACGGAACUCAAUCUGGGGGGCAACCAAAUAGAAUCCCUGUCAGAUGAUGUCUUCAAACACCUGCCCUCGCUUCAGUGUCUCAACCUGUCCCAGAACAAGCUGAGCUCCCUCAAUGGGGCUCUCCUCGGGGAGUUUGGGAACUGGCGGGUGUUACUGCAUGGCAAUUCUUGGCAUUGUGAUUGCGAACUGAAGGAGCUCAUCAGCUCAGCACAGAAAAACUAUACAAUCGUGUGCGAGCAUCCAGUGGAAGUGCGCAAUCAAAGUCUCAGUGAGUUGGGCAAAGAGGUGUUAUGCCCGACCACUACGUCGGCGCCCUCCCCUCCUGCCUCGGCGUCCUCCCCUCCUGCGGCGCCUACUGCCUCAACGCCCUCCCCUCCUGCCUCAGCGCCCUCCCCUCCUGCCUCGGCCCAAUCCCCUCCUGCCUCAGCGCCCUCCCCUCCUGCCUCGGCCCAAUCCCCUGCUGUCUCGGCCUCCUCCCCUGCUCGCAGCUCCCCACCUACACAGUCGGCUGACUCUAAGACUACAUCUGACUCUAAUGCCCCAUCUGACUCUAAUGCCCCAUCUGACCCUAAUGCCUCAUCCCCGAUUUCAAAUGACUCGUUGGCACCUCCUCCUCAGGAGCAGAUAAAGGAGUCUAGAGGUGCAGCUAGCCAUAACGGUAACAAGAAAAUGGAGUCUGAGGAGUCUGAAGGUGAUGACCUCAACUGGUCCAGUCUGAGUAAGGUCAUCCUACCCAUCAUCGUCCCUCUGCUGGUACUGCUGUUCCUCUUUGUCUUGUCACGAGUCUACACACGGACCAGGGGCUAUACUGUGCGUCCUCUGGACCCCAGACUGAAACCUGUCAAGAUGGUAGAUGAUGAAAACGUCAAGUUGCUGUUUGUCCACGACCUACCAGAGACGAUUCCUGCUCCUCAGCCACUGCCUGCUCCACUCUCAUCACCAAACUGAACCAUGUGUACACAUAACAGGGGAUUUUGGAGUGUGAAUUCAACACAAUAUUGGAUGAGAUUACUUAUGCAAUAUAAUAGGGUUUAAUUUAACUAUACUAGUGUUUGAUUAACAGUCAAAAGCCAAAUGUAUUUCAGUCAUUUCACAGCGUCAAUUCUUGGCUUUAGAUCAGAGGGUUGCAGGCUCAAAGCCCACCCCUUCCUCUCCCUACUGCAGUGGUUCCCAACCUAUGGGUCGGGACCCAGCUUAUGGGUUGUCAAAGAUCCACAGGGGGUCACGGAGCCCUCUUGAAUUUAAGGGGUUUCCUUUCAAAUAUAUAGAGCCCAUGUUGAAUAAAUGGCAUAGAAGCAUCAAAAUAAGUGCUAUAUUAAACAUUUAUUCUAUAUUUGACCAAAGACAAAUUGAGGAAUAAAAUAACUAAAAUGAGUUUUCGCAGGAAACAGAGGGUAUCCUGUGACUCCCUCUCUUGCGGGAGCUCGCGUGGUUGGGUCACCAAAGCUUACAGUGGUAAAAACAUGGGUCCCUGAAGUAAUAGGUUGGGAACCACUGCCCUAUGCACUCCAUGGCUAAGGUGUCAUGGGCAAGGCACCUAUAGCUGGGUCUCUUACCGUCCAAAAAGGGCCUAAUCGUUACGCGCUGGAUAGAAGCACCAAAAUCGGUGUAGACCUUCCUUAGGGUGUUCUCCAUCAUUUCAGAAGGGGUGCCCCAAAUUUCAAUAUCAUUAAGGUCAUUUUUAUGGGGUAAAUCCAAGAUGGUUGCCCAAAACGAGCCAAUAGUAGUAAAAUGCUGUACUGCCUGCACAUAAUGGUGUUAUGGGCCAAUCCACCUAUUUGUGUGUGAUGUAUACAAACUGAACUUUGAAAAUAUGUGCAAAACUUACCAUGAAAACAAUGUUAUAUAUGUCUUAUUUAGAUUCAAAAAGAGGAAAAUCAUAAAAACCAUGGUCAGAAUGAGAUCACUCUACAAUUGAGAGCUAAUUUCUGGGCAGUUAGCUAUUGAACCAACAUUCAUUAAGAGUUUUAAAAACUUGCAGUGGGUCAUAUCUAUAAAAUCCAAAAAGAAAAUUGUGGUUAGAAAAUUUAGGGGAGAAGAGAUAAACCCUUGAACUGGGCCACACUUAACUCUCCCAAUGUUAGCAUGCUAGCAUUAGCAGGUUCAGACACUCAGUCUGCUCUUCAGACAAAGAUAGAUGGCAAACAAUAAGUUUAAUCCCACUUACACAUGCGCACACACACACAAACUACUACUACUUCCUUGGGACCCCCUCAAUGAUUUAAGCCUAGGAGUCCAACUGAAAUAUUCAUAUCAAUCAAGUCAAUAAUACAUGUACAUAUCAAGUGUCAGUGACAGCUUGGAUGAUUUACUAUAGGCCAUUACAAAAUAAAAUGUAUGCUGAUGUUCACAUAUGUAUAUCUCAGU